UCAGGCUCUUCGAGCAAGCGCGUCCAUCCUUCCAUACAGUAGCAAGUAGCAACAGGCCAUCAGCAUGGCGGCAAGGCUUGCACCCGUGCCGGAGUUGAGCACCGACGAGCCUGCGGCUGCGACUCCCUACCUGCCCUGCAGCCUCUACCGGGACUGGAUCCGGAGCGUUGCCGUGUCUGGAGCGCAGAUGAGAUCGACUGUUUUCUCCAUGUCCCAAUCCGGUGAUAGCGGAUCCAGCUACUCCAGCCACUCUAGCUACUCCAACUACUCUAGCGCCUCCUCUCGUUCGGCCGGCGCCGACGCCGACGACUUUGGCGCGAACGAGCUCACGAAGAUCGCUCACCAAAUGGUUAGCGACGGGUACACCCAGCGCAUGCUCCAAGCAUUCGUCGUCGCAUCUUCGCCAGCGUUGGACCGUGCCCUGGAGAAUCGGUUAUCCGGGAUCGAGCUGUACGACGUCCCAUCUCCGGUGCCAGCACUUGGAAACGGUGGCGGCCCGAACACCGUGCUGGAGACUUGGUUCUGCGAACUUGACGUGGGCUGGGUUCUCCAAAUUUGCCAGGAGCGUGGCUCACAGUGGCAGUUCCGACUCCAAGACAAGUCGGCAUCAUCGUUGCAAGACUUGGUCGAGAGGUGGAUCCGAGGUCUCACAGUGAUCGUCCAUAGUUUGACAGAGUUGGUCUCCAACUCUGUGGGGAUCUGCGUGGAGAGUAUGGCAACAGAACGGUUCGGCAAAGCCAGCAUUUCCAAGAUGCUCGUCUUCGUCGAGGCCAUCAUGCCUGAUCUCAAGGCUGAGAAGCUACAGGCCGUGCUAGACAUGUAUACAUGUGUCUCCAAUGCAUUACACAUGCUUAGGUCAUUUGGCAUGUCUACCAGAAACCAACAAAUAUUCAGCGCGGCAUGUGACUUGUUGAGUACACAAGGCGACAUGCUAUGGGAGGCCAUAUCCAGCACGAUGGAGGAGAUGAGGGCACUCGUCGAGGGCGACGAUGAUUUGUGGGCUAUGGAAAUUAAGCAUGGAGGAGGCGAGGUUCACAACAACACCCAUUUGGUGGUCAGUUCCAUCUUGUCCAUGAAGAAAACAGUGGCUUUGAUGACGGGAACCUUUACAUGGCUCGACUACGACUAUAAACUUGACGUCCUGAUUUUUUUUUAG